CAGUACGUGUCUCCCCAUUGACCGCACCGGAACUCGCACGGCGGCGUCUACCGAUGGACAGAUGCUGGAGCGUGCCGUUCGCCUCAGCAUUCUCGGCCUUCUUGUUGGUCAUGAACAGCUCGUGUUACGGCUUCCUCUACGUGCUCUUCAUGAAAAAGUACGGGAUCGACCAUGCGGAGGCCGCCUGGCCCGCGAGUGCACUGGUCAUCGCUGGAAGCUGUGUGUGUAUCGCCGUUAGCGCGCUGCAAGACAAGCUGUCUGUCUUUCACAUCACGCUGGUGGGAGGACUCCUGGCUUCACUUGGUCUCGUGGCUUCCACGUUCGCUCCGAACAUCGCCUGGAUGACUUUUACCUUCGGUGUUCUCCACGGAGCCGGAAUCGGGACAGCUCUGCUGGGUUUCAGCUUGUACAUCCUCUUAUACUUCGACAAAUAUUCCGGCACCGCAUUCGCGGUAAUGUGGGUAUUCAGAGCCGUUUCCGGAAUGGCUGGUACACAACUACUAUGGCACCUGGCGAAUGCGUACGGCGUUGAGGGAAGCCUUCUGAUAACCGGCGGUCUUCUGCUGCACGUCGUCCCAUUCACAAUGUUCAUCAAAUCCCCCAGCCCAACCCGCAUUUCUUUAUGUGCCUCUAUACAAAAGCCAGGGAAAAACACUUAUAACCCAGUUGCGAACAAAGCUUCCAGCCAACAUGUUCAGUUGCCUUCGCCAAGUUCUCGAGUUUUACCAGAAGAACUGUCUGCUACUCACCGCCCGUCUGCGCCUACCAGUUCGUUUGCAAGUGUCAUGGCAAGCCUGCGUACCUGGCCUUUCUACGCGGCUCUAUUUUACUCUGCCAUGUGUGAGUACCUAUUCGUGACCUUCAACGCGACGGUGGUCGCCUACGGUGUCGACAAAGGUUCCUCGCUCGAAGACAGCAAGCAAGUUGUGAUUUACAACUCCGUGGGACUUCUCGUCGGCCGGGUGGUCAUUCCUUUUGCGACGGAAAAACUUUGCUAUCGUCACUGCCCUGGGGUCUCGGCGAGUUUCUUAGCUGCCGCCAUUUGCUUCUUUAUGCUAACACAGGUGUCAACAUACGCUGGUCUGGUUGCCACGGCCUCGGUAAUGGGAGUUGCGCAGGGCUACGUAUUGUGCAUGAAGUCGGUGAUCGUCGCAGACCACGUAGGCUUGGAGUGCUUCACUUUCUGCUGUGGUGUGGGAGGACUGCUGUCGGUACCGCUGUGGCUUUCUGGACCUUCCAUAAUCGGUUUCUUCCGAGACAAGAACGGAUCGUACGACUACCUUUACGUCAUGCUUGCCGUCCUGUGUCUGCUUCAUGCAGUGCUGCUGGGCUUACUUAGUUGGCGGGAAGUAAUUCUGAGAAGACAGCGGCGGGAACAGAUAUUCCAUGAAGUGGACAUGCCAGAGUUACAGCAUAUGAAGGAACCCUGCACCAUGUAAUGACUCAAACACCAGUGAGCAGCGGUUGUAUUUACCUUCAGUUGAAAGAAACUCCAGCUGCCGGGGAAACUGCAACACACAGAACAGCGAACGGCAACAAAAGACGAAUCUGGCCCGCUAUAGAGUCCAAUCAAAUAGGGCGUGUCUUAUCUGUCAGCACCUCACCUAAAUUUUACACGAGCGUUCAUUGAUAAUGAUUUGUAACAUCGAAUAUUAUUUGUCGAGUUUAAGGUCAAUCGAGGGCGUGUU